UUUAUUUAGUCGAGUUAUUUUCCCGAACGAUGCAUACAAAUUGACCCACUAAAAUUAACAAAUAAAAUUGAAUUUCGGUACUUUUUAGCUAAUUAUCGUAUAAUGUCUUGAAAAUUUUGAGCUCAAGCGCUACCGGAAAGUGUUCCAUCGGUAUAAGACGCCUGUAGAGGGAUAUCCGACAAUGUCAGACUACGAUCUUCAGUUUCAAGCUGAUUUGGAGAAGGCCCAGGCUUUGAGUUUAGAAAGUCUGGCUCUGGAGCAAUUUCGUAGACAGAAGCAAAUAUCCAGCGCAGAUAACAAUGUGGGCAGCGGGUUUAGUUUGCGCCGACGCGACGACAACGAGGGACCGCCGCCUGCGCUGCCGCCUCCGCCGCGGAAGCCACCGCGAGGCCGGCCUGCUACCGACACGCCUAGCAGGUCUACAGGAGCGAGUCCUACAAGAGAUGAUAGCAGCGACCUCAUAUCAUUCGCGAGUCCAACCAGCAAAACUGCGCCCAAGGACCCGCAUGCGUCGCUCAAGGAAUACAUUGAUCAGAUAAACAAACAAACAGAGGAGCUCACCCUAAACACACCAGAAACAGCUCCAGUUACGAUGAAUAAUCAUCCCUACAACCAGAUACCGGGGUACCCAUACUCGCAGUAUGCGUACUACCCACCUCCUUACGGGCAGCCGCCGCCCUACCCACCUUCUACUCCCUACGGCAUGCCGGCUCCUAUGCCCACUCCAAUUCCAACCCCCAUGCCUGGGCAAAUGCCCAAUUACUACUACCACCAGCCCCCAACUCCACAAUCUGACGUCACCCCUGUAUAUACGCCUGUCCACACCCCAAUCUAUGGCCCAACCAUGCCGUACAGUCAGACGCGUAUGGCAACGCCGUCGCCGUACGUGGGAUACCCGCCUCCGGUUCAAACUUCUACCUACAACUACAAUACCACAAACAUGAUAUCGCGGCCGCCGAGGCCGGCUAGUAUCUACCCGCAGUUGACUCAAACGCACUCGUACCCGCCCCCUGCGGCUAAUGCUAGCUACAAUAACAAUAAUAACAACCCCCCAGUGGUGAAGAAUGAGCCGAGUAGGGAAACUGUGGACACUUCCAAACCGAGGAAGUUGUCGGAAGUUAGUAUAGCGUCAAAUGAAUCAAACGACACAAUAGGCAGCCUGCCUAAGUCGAUGAACCUCAUAGACUUCGGCGCCAAGAAGAGCAGCGGGCCAGGUAGCGUAAGAGUCAGUGUGCUUGAAGCGUUUGACCCACUACUAAUUGAGCAAAGUAACGCUGAGUACGCAGGAGCAAGCGAAUGCGGUAGCAGUGUGUAUGAAGAGUACGACCCGUUAAACUUUCUGUACGGCGAGACAGAGAUGCGAGAUACGCCCGUGUACGCGACCGUGAACAAGCGAGAGAGCACUAUAUUGCCGUCGCCCCCACCCAAGUCUAUUCCUAGCGUUCCAGCUGCUAAUAUGCGAUCUACUACUAAUAAGUUGUACGACUGCAUAGUAAAAGUAAGAACGAGAAGCUACGACAGCGAGCACAGAGGCUUUUUGAAGAUGGUCCUAGAUGUCAGAAAAAGAUUCGUGCAUUCGGACCGCAAAACGAAUCCGGGUCACGUGAUCGCGGCGCGUUCGGGCGGAAAGUACCCGCCCAACACUAGCAUAAAGAUUCUAGUCCACCACGCUCACUCCGAUGAGCCCAUUACCUUUACGUCUGAUGUGGAGUCAACAGUAGAACAUGUGAUAUUAACUGUAGUUUGUUCCCUCGAGGAGGAUAUCAGAGAAGAUAUGUCUGGUUAUAUGUUACGGGUAUGGGGAGCUAAAGAAUACCUCACACCAGGCAGUUCUCUUAGCGAAUACGAUUACGUGCGCGAAUGCGUUAGGCUAGAGAAGGAUGUAAGGCUGUGUCUACACGAGGGCGUGGACGAUGCUCUGGCGAGGAGUGAAAGAGAUGACGCGAGGGAUUCGCAUCUGACGCUGGACGAUUUGUUGCCCACGCAAGGCGCUACGCCUAUGUUGUCAUUUGACAAUCUGUCGAUUUUAUUAGAAACCUUAGAAGGCGAGUUAUCACGCGCGGUGGGCGUGACGGGCGCAGAAGGUGUGUGCUCGCCAAAAGCUGUGUUCCAAGCCGUGAAAGCGAUUUGCGCGCUCGCCGGCGGCGUGGAAACGCUACAUGUUACGAACACUUUGAAUGCGUUCGCGCAGGCUUGUACUGCUCAGGGAAACAACAACUCAAUGACUCCCGAGAUCCAAGCGGACAGUGGGCCAUACUGCGCCGUCAAUCUGCGAGCCGCCACCGCCCGGGAGAAUGUGGCUUUACAAAGUGCGCGACUCAGAGACGCCGUGCGAGCGCUACUAGCGUUAUACACGCGCGCUAGACUGCUGGACUUCCAAAUGACAGACGCCCAGUAUCUGCUACAGAACUCGGCUAGUGAGUACUCAGAAGCAGUCCCAGCGCACACUAUAACGGAGACGACGCUAUUCUGCAUCGAGGCUGUGCACUGUCUACCGCCGUGUUGGGCGCACGACGAGUAUCUGUUUCACGCGCAAGUGUACCACGGCACGCGACCACUGAAGGCCAUACACCUUACGCAGUCCUCGAAGAUUGAAUGCGGAGGAUUCUACCCUAGGAUUAUUUUUGAUACGUGGUUGAAUCUAGCAGACCUGCCUUUAUCAAACGUUCCCCGAGAGGCGCGACUAGUUCUUACCCUUUACGGGCGAACUAAACGGCCGCCGGAUCAGCAGCCAAGCGACAGCCAGCAGAAUGGAACCGAUUCUGAAGAGCAUGACGUCAUGUACGACCAAGAGGAGCUGGGAUGGGCCGCAAUACAGCUGUUUGACUAUGACGGGAUCCUAGCAUCGGGUAACUACGUGCUUCCGAUGUGGCCGGUGUGUUGCGACCGGCGCAUCGGGCCCGCGCCGCACCUCAUGAACACGCCGCCCGCGCCAUACCCCGUCGUCAAUAUUGAAAUACCUCGCUACGUGCACAAUGGUAUCAAGUGGUCGCCAGAGGAGAGCCGCACGUUGACGCCGUCCGAUUUACCCGCGUUUGAUUCCCUGGACGGACACACGCAAUCGCAGCUGUUGCAUCUAAUCGAGCAGGGCGCUUACCAGAGGAUGCCUACUGAAGGCAGAGAGAUAAUGUGGGAGAAGCGACAAUAUCUGGUUGAACUACCAGGCGCUUUGCCCCUGGUACUUUUAGCAGCCACGAACUGGUACGGCGAGCAUCGUGCACACCUCAUCUCACUGUUGAAGCUGUGGCAGAAACCUUCGCCGCUCAACUCCAUGCAUUUGCUGCUGCCUUGUUUCCCCGAUGCCGCAGUGCGUCAAACAGCAGCGCGUCUUCUGAACGAUAUGUCAGACGACGAUCUGUGUCGAGUGUUGCCGCAACUCACGCAAGCUUUGCGCCACGAGACCUACGAGUGUAGUCCUUUAGCAGAGCUCUUACUGUCACGCGCCCUGUCCGCUCCCGCUGUGGCACAUAAACUGUUCUGGCUUUUAGUUCACUCAUUACCGAAUGUGCCUCAGGCACCAAACGAAGAAUUCCUUGGUAUCACGCUAGAAGAGAACGCGGGUGAGCCUCCCGAAGUGGACGCUUACGUCACAGCCGCGUGGCGCUACCGGCUCAUGCUGCGAGCGCUACUCGCUAUCUGCGGCGAGAACUUACACGCCACAUUGGUCAGGCAGCAGCUGUUGGUUAAGACGCUAUCAGAAGUGGCGGAAUCUGUGAAGUGUGCCAAGGAAGGCUUACGACAACGCGCUUUAACUGCGGGCGGUGGCCGCGUGUCUACUCUACUACGAAGCGAGCCGGCCGCCUUGCCGCUCGCCUUGCAAAGCUACGUCUAUGACGUUGACAUCAAAUCAUGUUCCUACUUCUCUUCAAAUACUCUACCUCUCAAAAUCAAUUUCAUUGGAGUCGAUAACGCCACGAUACCUGCUAUGUUCAAGGUCGGUGACGACUUACGGCAAGAUUCACUAGUACUCCAAGUGAUCAAAAUAAUGGACAGUUUGUGGCUGAAAGCGGGUUUAGAUCUGCGAAUGGUUACGUUCCAAGCUUUACCGACCAGUAGCAAAAGAGGAAUGAUAGAAAUAGUGUCAGAAGCCGAAACAUUACGGGCCAUUCAAACCGAGUGGGGUCUCACCGGGUCGUUCAAAGACAAACCCAUUGCGGAAUGGCUCGCGAAACACAACCCCUCCGAAUUAGAGUACCAGCGAGCUAGGGAUAAUUUUACUGCGUCUUGCGCCGGCUACAGCGUGGCAACGUAUCUGCUGGGCAUCUGCGACCGGCACAACGACAACAUUAUGCUGAAGACCUCGGGCCACCUGUUCCAUAUCGACUUCGGGAAGUUCCUCGGGGACGCGCAGAUGUUUGGCAACUUUAAGAGAGACCGCGCCCCAUUUGUGUUGACUCACGAUAUGGUAUACGUUAUCAACGGCGGCGAGCGGCCCACACAGCGCUUCCAGCACUUCGUAGAACUAUGCUGCAUGGCGUUCAACAUCGUCCGCGCGCACCACGACCACAUACUCGACCUGUUCGCUCUGAUGGCGAUGUCCGGAGUAGCGGGCGUGACGAGUGCAGCAGUGGGUUACGUGCGCGCCGCAUUACUACCCGCCGCUACAAACGCCGAGGCCGCCGCCGCCUUCGCCCGGCUGAUACACUCCUCGCUUAAGAGCAAAUUCACCCCAAUAAACUUCUUCCUCCACAACCUCGCUCAACUGAGGGCGAGCGGCGAUCAAAGCAGCAAUACCUCUGAAUUGCUGUCAUUCAUGCCACGGACGUAUACAAUGGCCCAAGAAGGCCGCUUAGUCAGUGUGGAAUGUCUCGGCUACGAGAAGCGCUACGACCCGGAAAAGCACUACGUGUACGCGCUACGAAUCUUCAGACAAGGACAGACGACUCCGUUCGUGCUGUACCGCUCUUACAAACACUUCACGGAGUUAUACCAGAAGAUAUGCCUGCACUUCCCUCUAGCGAAAGUUCAUAGCCUCCCAUCAGGCCUGCACGUAGGCCGAUCUAACACGCAGCAGGUGGCUGAGCGGCGAUUCAGCGACGUGCAGGCGUUUCUCACGUCACUGUUUAACUUGGCGGACGAGAUUGCGCACUCCGACCUGGUUUAUACGUUCUUCCAUCCGCUGCUGAGGGACCAGCAGGAUGUGGAGCCACAGAGGAAGAAGAAAGGAGGUGAAUCGACCGAAGCCGAGAGCAGUGGAUCGGGCUCGCUAAAGCUUUCAGUGCAGUACGCGGGAGGAGUGCUCUCUGUACUUAUUCUACACGCCCAGUCGCUCGCUAUCACGCCGCAGGGACUGCCGCCUAACCCUUAUGUCAAGGUAUAUCUAGUACCGGACCCAACCAAAGAGACGAAGCGAAAGACGCGCGUUCUGAAACGCAACUCGCAUCCUUCAUUCAUGGAGAUGCUCGAAUACCGGCUGCCCAUAGAAGUCGUCAAGAACAGGAGUCUUCAAGCCACAGUGUGGCACUACGACUCCUUACAAGAGAACCAGUUCCUAGGCGGAGUGGUGAUUCCCCUCAAUUCGCUGCCUCUGAGGGAAGAAACUGUGGCGUGGUAUCCUUUAGAGUACAUUCCUCGGUAGCUAAUACUCGCCCGCUCCGCUAUUUGGAGAACGGAUUUUCCCACGUGAGCGGGCUCGGGCGUAACUAGUACAGAACACGUAGAUGGCGCUUUAGUGCUGUUUUAAAUCUAUGGUCAGUACAGAUUAUGUUUCAGCUUCAAUAUUAUAUUGCAGAUUACUUAAAAUCACUAAUUAUUUAAAACGAUCGUGUAAAUUACGUGUCUUGCGAUGUACUUGUCUUUACACAAACACCGCCGCACGUUUAUAAAACAUGAAGAUCAUAUUCAGUUUUGGAUACUACGUUGUUUCCAAGCUGUGAUUAAUUAUUGAAGAUAUAAAAAGACAAUUUACCUAUUUAAUCAUGAAAGCUUGUAUAUGAAUUUUAGUUACGCCUUUAGCUAACCGCUUCAGAGUUUUCCAACGUACAAUUUCUCACACAAAUGUACUAUGAACGGUCUGUUACUUUUAAACUACAUAGCUCAAAACCUUAUUUACGUACCUGCGUGAUAUGUUCAAUAGGUCGGUAACCCAAUUUGCCUAAAUAACUAUUGUAUUUUCAAACAUUAGUGCCAAACUUCAAUUUGUUACUAUGAUAAUGUUGAUAGUGGCCUUACCAUUGUCAAUCAAACCACUUUGUGGUUGUAACUUUAAUAAUGAAAUUUUUUCAAACAUAAUAUACGUUAGACACAUAUCAAUUUUCUACCUAGUUUAAUAAAAGUGGUUAUAAUACCACAAUAUAAACUUAUACUUACGAUUUAAUAAAAUCACUAUCAUGUAUUCAAAAAAAUGUUUUGUAAUUGAUUAAAAUCAAUUUAUUGUCGAAGGAAAAACAAUUGCGAUAAUACAAUUAUUUGCUUGAUAUUAAUUUCUAUCGGCUUAAUCGUUAUUUACAUUCCUAUAUAAAUUGACUAUUUUUGUAUUACUUUAUUGUCGCUUUGUGGUGCUUUUGGUCUGUGUCACCGUUCGCGUAGAUAUAUUUAAAUGUUACAUUAAUUAGCUAGUUAGCGGUCAUUUGAGAUCUGAAUGAGCUGUCGCAUCCUUAGAGGUUUGCAUGGUGUUCACAUACAAGUGAUAUGCGAGGAAAUAUCAUACGUUUGUUACUGUGUUGCCGACACGUCUAUUUUAUUGGAAUUGUAUUAUUUUUAGAUUCACUAUUUAUUGGAAAUCAUAAUUAUGAUGUUAAUCUUUAUUUUGUAAAUUAAUAUUUAUAUGAAUUUAGAUCAAUUACUGAAAAACGCUUUAUUAUUUUUGAAUUUCAUUUUCAUAGUAUUAAUAAUGUGUUUUCAUUCAAUCAAUGAAGUAUUACGUGUGCUUACAAUCGCAACCAAUAAAUAAAAUUGUGUCAAUAUCAGACCGAUGUGAACAACAUCGAAUAUCUAUAAAUGGCUUCCAAUAUUUGCUCAAACCGAGUCGAGAGCAAACUAGUUCACUCGAGAGCUUUUAGUGAUUUUCGACUGAAUUGAUAACCACUGUAUAUAAUGUACUUUAGAUAGUUUUAUACGAAUGUAGGAGUUGAAUUUCGGCGUAACGAAACAUAAUAAGUAGUUGUUGUUUUGCAUAUUGUAAUGAAAUGAAAUAAAACGCUCCAAAUGUA